AAUAUUCACUAUCACAUACUAACAUAUAUAAACGUAAGUGUAAAAUGACUCAAUUCCCAAAGUCAAAAACUCACUAGUUUUCUUAACAAAAAACGAGAUGAUGAUGAUGAUGACGAUGAUGAUGUGAUGAAUACUGUUAAAACGUUUGUCAAACAAAAACUCUUUGAAGUUAACAUUUUUGUUGCGGCUAGAAAUGUCUAUGUAACAUGCAAUCUCUUAAACUUUUAUAAAAUAAUCCAACGACAUUUCCAGCUGCCAAAUCAAUCCAAACGCAAACGAUUCCUCUGAAUCCACGUUCUCCUUCGAUCCCUUUUAAUAUUUUAACGUAAGAUUCAAUUAUUGUCUUCUUCUUCUUCUUCCUCUUAGUCUCAUCAUUUGCAGAGGACUCGAACUGUUGAUCCAUGGCGUCUCUCAGCUUCACUAACAUCAAAUUCAAAAACCCAGUUGCGGAUUUUGCCAGAGCUCGUCCCAGAACUGGUUUGCCAUGUUCUGGAAGAGUUGGGUUCAGGGUUCUUGCUUCUGAGACCCAGAAGGAGCCUGAUCUUAGUGUGACUGUAAAUGGGUUGCAUAUGCCUAAUCCGUUUGUUAUCGGGUCGGGUCCACCCGGGACUAACUACACCGUCAUGAAGAGGGCCUUUGACGAAGGAUGGGGGGCUGUGAUUGCUAAGACUGUGUCAUUAGAUGCAGCUAAAGUUAUAAAUGUCACUCCUCGCUAUGCUCGAUUACGAGCUGGUGCGAAUGGCUCUGCCAAGGGACAAAUUAUUGGGUGGCAGAACAUUGAACUGAUUAGUGAUCGACCGCUGGAAACAAUGUUGAAGGAAAUGAAGCAGCUAAAGGAGGAAUACCCAGAUAGGAUUCUGAUUGCUUCAAUUAUGGAGGAAUAUAAUAAAGCUGCGUGGGAGGAACUCAUCGAUCGAGUGGAACAAACAGGAGUUGAUGCCUUCGAAAUCAAUUUUUCGUGCCCUCAUGGUAUGCCGGAGCGCAAAAUGGGGGCUGCAGUUGGUCAAGAUUGUGCACUAUUGGAAGAGAUUUGUGGAUGGAUCAAUGCAAAAGCUACAAUUCCUGUUUGGGCCAAGAUGACUCCUAACAUCACAGAUAUUACAGAGCCGGCUAGAAUUUCUCUGCGCUCUGGAUGUGAAGGCGUAGCAGCAAUCAACACGAUCAUGAGUGUAAUGGGAAUCAAUCUCGAUAGCUUACGUCCUGAGCCUUGUGUUGAGGGGUACUCGACUCCUGGGGGAUAUUCUUCCAAAGCAGUACACCCUAUUGCGCUUGCAAAAGUGAUGAACAUUGCAAAGAUGAUGAAGGCAGAAUUUGGUGACAAAGAUUACUCUCUUUCGGGUAUUGGGGGCGUUGAGACAGGUGGUGAUGCUGCUGAGUUUAUUCUUCUUGGAGCAAAUUCUGUCCAGGUCUGUACUGGAGUUAUGAUGCAUGGAUAUGGCCUUGUGAAGAAACUCUGUGAUGAGCUGAAGGAUUUUAUGAGAAAGCACAAUUUCUCGUCGAUCGAAGAUUUUCGAGGGGCUUCACUUCCAUAUUUUACCACUCACACCGACUUGGUAACUCGGCAGCAAGAGGCUAUCAAGCAGAGGAAAGCCAUUCGGAAAGGGCUGCAAUCUGACAAGGAUUGGACUGGAGAUGGCUUUGUGACUGAGACUGAGAGCAUGGUCUCUAACUGAGUAACAAAACAAUUGGAAGCUUUUCUUGAAAUUGUUUUCUUCUUCCUUGUCAAAAUUUAUGUUCAGUCAAAAUUAUUAUUUUCAAGUUUGACAAAGGAACUCCAUUAUGUGGAUAUUCAGAUAAUAAUGCUUCUUGCAUUUCAUAAUCUUUUUAUAUAAAUAAUGCAGACCAGUGCCAGUCUCUUAGGGAUACAAA